ACUCCCUCAGCCAUACGCUCGGCAGCACACUGAAUUGUGAAUCCAAACAGGCAGAGCAGCAGCAGAUAGACAGUGACUGAGAGGAGGGAGGGAGGGGGUGGUGAGAGAUAAAGAGUGAGAGAGCAGAGAGGGAGAGAGAGAGAGAGAGAGAGAGAGAGAGAUGAAAAGCAUGCUAAGCGAGAGAGAGGCGCUCAUACUGAAGGAGGCAGAGGCAACAGCUACAGCAACAGCACGCUCCUUCCCCAUCCUCCCUCUCUCCUCUCAUAAUCCCACAUCCACGCCGGGGGAGAUGGAGGGCACCCUGACCCGCUGAGGAGCUCUGACUGAGGGAGAGGAAAGUCUCACGUGAGCCUCCAGCCCUUCUGCUGUGAAGGUCUGGAUCAUUUUUGGGGGGGACAGUAAUCAACAAGGAGUGAAGGGAGGUGUGUAACCACGAGCCUGCCGGCGGGAGGGAGGGAGGGAGAAGGAGAGAGAAGAGGGGGAUGAGUGGUAGGUCUGGUACAGCUGCUGAUGCCAGGGUCUGACAGCAAGGCAGACUGAGGGAGAUCUGAGGAGGAGUGAAGGUUUCUCGCACGUGUGGAGCAGCGUCGGCAACUUGUGGGCCAAAGAGGAGAAACAGAUUCAACAUACGCACACAGCUGGACAGAUGAGGAGGCAUCAGGGACCACGCUUCAGUCCUGGGUAUCUGGUGCACUGACCCUGCCUGCAACAGGCGAGGAGUCAGAGGACCAGGGCCAUGAUUGGCUCUCCUGGCCCUGGUGGGCGUGCCUUAGUGCCAUGGCCGAAGGUGUGGCGGUGGGUCCUGGCUGCUUCACUGGCAGCUGCGAUAACUUUGACGCUGCCAGGGAGCAGCCAGGCCUGCCCGCCACGGUGCGAGUGCUCGGCCCAGCUGAGGUCGGUGUCGUGCCAGCGGCGGAGGCUCACCAACAUCCCGGAGGGCAUCCCCACUGAGACACAGCUCCUGGACCUCAGCAAGAACCGGCUCCGCUGGGUGCAGACAGGUGAUCUGACACCGUACCCACGGCUGGAGGAAGUGGACCUCAGUGAGAACCUCAUCGCCACAUUAGAGCCGAAUGCCUUCUCAACCCUCCAGAGUCUUAAAGUGCUGAAGUUAAGAGGCAACCAGCUGAAGUUAGUGCCCAUGGGGGCUUUUGCCAAGCUGGGCAAUCUGACCAGCCUGGACCUGAGCGAGAACAAGAUGGUGAUUUUACUGGACUACACCUUCCAGGACCUGAGGAAUCUGAAACACCUGGAGGUGGGAGACAACGACCUGGUUUAUAUUUCCCACAAGGCCUUCUCAGGGCUGAUGGGGCUGGAGGAUCUCACAAUAGCGCGCUGCAACCUGACAUCCAUCUCUGGCCAGACGCUGUCCUACCUCCGCAGCCUGGUCACGCUUCGCCUUCACCACCUCAGCAUCACUGCCCUGGAGGACCAGAACUUCCGCAAGCUGUCCAACCUGCGGGGUCUGGAUAUCGAUCACUGGCCGUACCUGGAGUACAUCUCCCCUCUGAGUUUUCAGGGCCUUGACCUCCACUGGCUCUCAAUCACCAACACCAACAUCACCUCCGUCCCCUCGGCCUCCUUCAAGAACCUGGUGCACCUCACGCACCUCAACCUGUCCUACAACCCCAUCACCACACUGGAGCCUUGGGCUUUCAAGGACCUACUGAGGCUGAAGGAGCUCAUGAUGGUGAGCACCGGGUUGAUGACGGUGGAGCCCCACGCUCUCGGAGGUCUCCGACAGAUCCGGGUUCUCAACUUCUCAUCCAACGACCUGCAGACUCUGGAGGAGGGCUCCUUCCACUCUGUCAACAGCCUGGAGACCCUCAGAGUGGACGGGAACCCCCUGCUGUGUGACUGCCGUCUGUUGUGGAUCCUGCAGAGACGCAAGACCCUCAACUUCGACGGCAGAGUGCCGGUGUGUGCGGGGCCGGUGGAGGUGCAGGGGGUCAGCCUCAGCACCUUCACCGAUUCUGCACUCUUCGAUCACUUCACAUGCCAGAAACCUAAGAUACGCAACCGCAAGAUGCAGCAGGUAAUCGCACGUGAAGGCCAGCCAGUGAAUUUUCUGUGUCGAGCUGAAGGGGAACCCGCGCCUGCUAUCGUCUGGAUUUCCCCACAGAGAAGACGAAUCACAUCCAAGACUUCAGGGCGCAUCACUGUUCUCCCCAGUGGCACCCUGGAGAUCCGCUACGCCCAGCUUACUGACAGUGGAACGUACAUCUGCAUCGCCAGUAACGCCGGAGGCAAUGACACCUACUUCGCCACGCUCACCGUGCGCGGACAGCCACUCGAUGCCGCCUCAGCCUUCUUUCUCAACCGCUCGCUGUACAGCGGCGAGUUCUUCAACGACACAAAUCUGAACAGCACACGCGUUUUCCUCAAGUUCACCUUGGACCUGACCACCAUCUUGGUCUCCACGGCGAUGGGUUGCAUCACCUUCCUGGGGGUCGUCCUCUUCUGUUUCCUGCUGUUGUUCGUGUGGAGCCGGGGGCGCGGCCAACGCAAGAACAACUUCACAGUGGAGUACUCUUUCCGGAAAUCUGAACCCGCCACCGGAGGCUCUUCAGGAGGGACCAGGAAGUUCAACAUGAAGAUGAUAUGAAACAACGCAGCCAGGGGUCCCUCGGGGGAGGCAUGAGCACGUCCCAAAAACGUGUUUGACACACGCAAACGCACACAGCCACUGACUCGCAAAGAAGUAUGAAUUUAAGUUCCUGUCUAUGGCUCUAGUCUAAAUUGAACGGCCACAUAAAAACCAGAGCCAAGACUCAAUUUGGUUCGAAUUUUAAAAGACAAACAAAAUGACCCUGAUCUCUCUGCCUCUCUGUGUUUUUAUUCAGCUUGUGGCUUCAAACCAAGUUUGACUGAUACUGUAAGGAACAACAGUGUUGAAAGAUCUCUUUGUCAUUCAUGCUUGAUAAGAAGAGAGUUAAGAUUUAUAGGAGUUAAGUUGUAAAUUGGCAUGAUUACUGAGCUGUGGAGCGCUGGUAGUCCUGUCUCUCGGUUAUAUUAAUGAGAAAAUGAAAAAGAUUUCCUUUUUCAUUUAAAUUUCCCUUUACUGUACUUCGUGCAAUGAGGGAUUUGAAAAGAAAUAUAAUACAGAGACCUGGCUACCAGCCAUUUAGAGAAUUUGUAGCUAUGCUCUUCCAAAGUCUGCCUUGUUAAGAAUUAUGCAUGUAGAUUUGCAGUUGAGAGUUAAGUUGUAAAUUCACAUCAUUGAAUAAAACAUGGUUUUCAUAGACAAUUGGAUAUGUUUUCUACAGAAUAUACAUAUAAUAUAUAAUAUAAUAUACAGCCACUGUGGAUUAUAUUGAGUCAAACGCUUCAUUAACAUCACCAUGCGCCAUUUGCUUUAAUGAAAUUAAAGCUUAAUGGAUGCAUAGAAUAAGAUCUGAUGAGAAUCAGUGGGUUUGGAUCACAUUAAUGACAAACAGACAAAAGAAACACAAUUCGGCCUUUUUCCUUCUUUGUGAGAUUCUGCGACAACAUGAAGCUGUGUGAGUUUGGGACGAGCGCACUGGCCGAGAGCUGCCGCGGCCGCCUGUGGCCCGGAGGGUUUGGUUAGGAAGUCAAGCCCACCGGACACAGGCUGCCACGGUAACCAUAGCAACCAACACAAGAGAGAGCAACAGGACCAGGCCGAUGGCUGCAGGAGGGGAGCAGGGGAGGGAGGAUGUAAGUCACAAUGACCUCUGCCCUCUCUCCUCCUACAUCACCAUCCUCAUUUACGCUCUUUGAUCUAUGUGUGAGGGUCGACCCGCCGGCCUCAUCCUGCCCUCUGCUGUGUUGGUGGUCGCCUGACCUCACCAACGCUGCCCGGGGGGAGCAGCCUGGAGAGUCAGGUUCAUACUUAGAGGCAGACAGAGGACACACGGUCCCACAGGUACAUGAUCACGCACAACACUCAACAUCCCAGUAGUGGAAGACACACACAGCAGCAGCAGCACGUGUAUAGCACCUUUUCUCAGGAAAAGUGAAACUAGCCUGCAGAGUGGUUACACAUGUUCACUCUGUUCAAAUGUAACAUUCCAGCAAUACUGUAUGUAGAGCCAUAAAGCCAAACUUCAUUCUCCCAGAGAGAACUGAUGUAAAUUUGUGCGUGAAGAAACAAAGCCAUAGUUUGUGUAGUGUAGAUGUUUUUUUAUACAGUAGCGUGUGCAUGAUUCAGUUAUAUAAUUAUUGCCACUGCCAUCUUACAAGCUGUCGUGAUGAUCACAAGACCAUCUGCUGUCACUGUGCUUCACCUCAUUACACGCAGACACACAAACACCCGGAGAGGAAAGAGGUAAAACCACAUCAAGGCUGUUUGGACUGAUAGGAGCAACAGUCACAGUUACACAUGAAUAAACACAUGAACCGGUGUGCGACACUGACUGCUCUCUGUCUGUCUCUGAGACGGCCGGUACGCGAAUGUCUCUGCCCCCCUAGCCCAGUGCAUCCCCCCUCCUCACCCCUUACCCCCCCACACACACACCCCCCACUGGGUCCUCCUUUGGGAGGGGUCCCUGGCUGGAGACCGAGGAAUCAAAAUGUAAAUGAAGUCGUGUUAACCCUACCCACGCCAUGUGCAUCGUAUAGUGGAGAGUAGUACUGUGGUUUUAAAAACAGAAAAAAAAACAUAACGAGAAAAACUUUCUUUGAGGUGUUCUGUUGCUUCAGUUGUUGUUCUCUGUGACCUUUUGGCUGUUUCCCGUUUUGCAGCUCCUCAUCCUCCAUGUGGGACUGUUCUGUUCUCAACACCUUAUGAAGCACACCGGGGUGUGUGUUCACAUCUCAGCAUGUGCAGAAGCUGGAGGCACACAGCAACAUGCUGAUCAAGAUGUAAUCAUAAGCAAUAUGGUUCAUGCAAGGAGUGAGAGAGAAAAAAAUAUUUGCAGAAUUGAUUGUUUUGUCCACCCAACAGAUGCUUCCCACCAGCAGGUCUGCACAUCAGUAAUGCGAAUGUUGACCUGUAGGUUAAAGAGAAAGUAAAAGUAAUCAAAUAUGUUUAAUUUAGUCCGACACACUAACAGCAUAAGGUUAUAUUAGCUUGAGCUGUGGUGGGAAAAUUGGGUUCGGAUAUUUUACUUAGAAAAAGUUGUAAUGCUACAGAGUAAGCCAUUACAAAUAAAAGUUCUGCAUCUAAAAUCCUAUUUUAGUAAAAAACACAAAACCACUGGUUGCAUCAUAAAGUACAUAAAGUUAAAGUAUUUAUGCUGCAGGAUGGCUCAUUUCAGGGUGAUAAAUAUUAUAUAAUUGGAUUAUAAUUAUUGUUUCAGUAGUGUGUAUCACUUUAAUGGUGUUUCUGGACUUAAAAUUAAUUUCUUUACUGUAUACUUCUAGAUAGCUUAAUCUAUAUUACAUAACAUAAUUUAGUAGUUGAUUACCGAAACAGCCAGUUAGUUACCCUUAAAAUAUUCUGACAAAGAUCUGCAAAUUUCGAAUAAUGCUCUUUUUUUGUUCCUUGUCCCUGAAAGACUUUACUGUCAAAGCGUUCUUAAAACAUUUCCCAACGUCCUUCCUUUGUUUUCAUGUAUCAUUGUGGGAACGUUUAAAAUGGUAUUCAACAACAUCCCAAAAACAUAGUAGAAAUAUCGCAGGCUAAAUGUUCUGCCUUAGUUCAUAUUCUAUUCAUCUAAACACUGUCUGUCUGCUUUGGCCUCGAUGACAUUUCUGAAGAUAUUUUUUUUGAAUGUCGGUUUGAGAACCUUCUUCUUUUGCUGUCAUGUAACAUAAUCUGACAACCUUGACAGCAUUCUCCAAAACAUUCUCUGUGUGUUUCAGUUAAAAUAUUCUUAUUUAAAGUUUAACCUUGCACAUCAUUUUGAAUCAGAAAUAUCUUUAAUACGUUCUUUAGCAGUCACUACAAAAUGUUUUCUUUACAACACUACAAGAACUUGUAGGAAAAUGUUGGUGUUGUGGAAACAUUGACUGCUAUCUGGGGAUGCCCUAAAAUAAAUGUAUAUUUGCCUCCAAAAUAUAGCGGAGUAAAAGCGCAAAGCAGGAUAACAUGGAAAUACCCAAGUAAAGCAAAUCAAAGUUGUCCAUCAGCUCAGUAUUUGAGGUAAUGUACGUUCCACCGCUGAACGUUAAAAGCAUUCAGAAGUUUGCAAAAAGCCAGCUCCUGAUUUUAGGUCAUACUGUAAAUAAAUAAAUAAAUCUGAUCUAAAGCACCACCUACAACACUUUACAUAACCAGCUUAUGUUUUGGAGAUAAUUUCCCCCAGGUAAGAGAAAACCUCAGACUCCCAAAACUUUGGCAAAAUAAAUCCAGAAUACUCCCUUUUUGCCCCUUUUUUAAGGGAUGAUGAAAGCGUGGCUUCUGUGUCAGGAUGAAUAACUGAAGAGCUUUUAAAGAUUCAUGAGGCCGAAUGAGAAUAGAUGAACAAAUUGGCCUGGUUUUUAACACCGACUUCAACAUCCUCUGCAGCCAUUUUGGAUCCCGUGGUGUUGAGAACAGGACGCUGCCCUCAUGGACAUCUCCUCUCCCCGAGCCGACCCUUCUGUGUUUCCAUUCCCCGUAUUUCUCAGUGGAAACUAGGCUUAGAAGACAGUGAGGCUGUCUGUAGUGUUCGUCGAUGGUGUUAUUGUGUAAACAUCAUACACAAAUGUAGGCGUAGACGAGGAUGUGUUUCAUUUUAGUACCUUCUUCUACUUCUUCUUCUCCUCCCCUCUUUGCCGUCCUCCUCCCCCUCUUCCUCCCCCUCCUUGUCUUCUUUGCAUUUCCAACCCUCGUCGUCCCUGUUCACAGUAUUAGGCUGGAAUAUGGUUGUGUGGUAGUAGACACGUAUUCUGUGUGGUUGCUGUUGUCGUGUUUUGAUUGUGUUGCUCCUCAUGAUGACAUCCAACACGGAGCAGUGAUCGGAACAGUGGAGAUAAGAGAUGAAAGGGGUGACCCAGGUUCCCUAAAAAAAAAAAAAAAAAAAAAAAAAAAAACACUGGUUCCCAUUUCACAUCCUACCCAUUCCUGAAAACAAACAAAACAACAUAUCUGGAACUUUCCCGCUCUGCACAGUGUCGCUCUGGGAUCUUUCUCUGGAUAUAGAAACCAAUGGACUGGACUGUAUGUAUUUUGUCUUGAUGAUAUCUUGUCACACUUUAACACAUGAAGAAACGGGGUUGGGAAGUUGACUAAAAGCUUACAGUCACUCUCUGCUCACUGAGGUACAAUGAGUCAUCUUCACACUGUUCAUUCAUUGAAAACUGACAUUUCAGAACUGGUCAGGGUUGGAAACAAGCGCCUGUAACGAUUCACCAAGUCUUUGAAAGAUGGAGGAGCUAGUUUUGCUUCCAGCUAAAAAAAAAUCUGUCCAACUGAAUUUUCCUUCAUUUUCAGAGCUUUUAGGAGUAUGUUAAACAUUAUAACUGACAGUUGCCAAGCAAUCCUUCAGCAGCUCUCCUCCAGAAAGAUGCCAGUGCACACAGCUUUGCAGCCAAGCCACUUCACUUCACUGACAUACUCUCUGUGUUUGUAGAUACCAGCGGAGGCAAGCUCUAUUCAUCUCCUCUGCCAUGUUUCUGGAGAAAGUAGGCUGAGCGAUCCCCCGCUCCCUCCUCUGGUUUGUCCUUGCCUGGGGUUGCUGUAGUGUAGUCUAGACGCCCCAUUUACAGCAGCAGCAGCAGCAACCUCACAGUUAGGAUGCCUUCCACUGGGAAACUCUUCAAAGACACAGACCAAAAUAAGAAAAAACCCGAAGACACCAUAAUCAUUGCGUCAUUAGCAGCCAAGCCAGAAAUGUUCAGCUUAUUUUGGGGUUUCUAACACUGUUUCCAUUCUAUUUCUAAAUUAAGAAGGCUUUGCUUUCACCCCUCUGAGCUGUUUUCUCAAUGUGUUGGACACGAAAGAACAAUUUCAGUCCCACCUUUAAGGCUGCAUUUGUCACAGCCUUUGUCUUCGUUCAUUUUGGAUUCAAUAUUAGCUCCGACUAAAUCAUGUCUCACUCCACAUCCUACAGCUGCUGCGGUUUUGAUUGGAUUAGACUUGAGUUGAAUUAUCAGAGCUGAGAUGAGCAGUAAUGGGAUGACAGAGAAGAGAGCUCGGCUGAUUGGGUGAUUACUUGGCUUAUUAGUCCCAUUUUCAUAACAGGCCUCUCAGAACAGAGUGUCACACAAAUACUGGAGUCUGGAUUCAGUGGGUUCCUUUGGGUUUUUUGGCAGAAAUAUGGCAUGUGGAGAUUUUCCUCGAUUGGACAAAGAGAUGUUGUCGUUGCUGGCUGGAUAUUCAGGUAGAACUGGGCUUGUAGCAGCGCUUUGCUGAAAGAUUGUUUAAAGCACCUUGCAUAAACAGCUGCUUCAUCUUAACCUUGACCAGAAGAUUACCAGCCCCUCUUCUAUGUGACAAUAGUGACCCCCAGUGGUCAGUGGGAAGAACAGCAACAAAUGGGGGCCAUGCUGCUGAUGCUGAUGUACCAGAAAUGUACAGGAUGGUAAAUUAAAACCAACAGCUCUGGGUCUCUUAGCAGUGAAACGCUGAAGAGAGAAAAUUGACUGUUAGCUUCACAAGUCAGUGCUUCACUGAUUUCCUUAUAGCCAUAGCGUAACCUCUCUGCGCUGGGUGUGAGGGGCUGCUGUUUGCAAAGUCAUCAGGAGUGGCCUCCAUCUGAUCAAAAGCAACACCUGGUUUGCUGGGACUCAGUCUGUAGAUUUAACACUUUCUGAUGGCCCCUGCCAGCUUCACUAAGACAUGACAAACUAAAAAACAAAAAUAAACACACAGCAUCAUUCUUUCUCUCUAUAUGACCGAGUGCUGAUCAGCAAAUGAUUGGUUUACUCUCUAGAGACAAAUAAUUAAAAAAAAAAAGACUUCUUGUUCUCGUGGUCUUAGAAGGUUAAAUCUAUGCAUGCCUUUUGUAUACAGUGAUUGGUCUUGCCAAACUCGUACGGAGAGCCAGGGGUGCCAUUGUUGCUGGCCAUGGGACUGGUUGAAACAAACUGACAAUGCAUUAAAAUGUGAUGUGAAGAAUAUCUAAAGAAGCGUGCGUCUUACAUAGGAAGCAUUUGUUUACUCGGGAUGAUUGUACUUUCACACAUAUCUAUCCACAAACGGACGACCUGCUCAGAUGUAUAAGCUGUAGAUAAAGCGAUUGAUAUUCCAAGCAGGAUGGUGGGACUGAUCAAUGCUGUAUGGGGAUAGGAUUAUUAAUGGCAUACUUUCAUUGAUCUAUCUUGAACCUUGUCACUCUAUCAGAAUCCCUCUGGAGGAGUAGGAGGAGGCGCACGGAGCUCUUACAGACCUGGCUGGCACUCAUUCCUGGGUUUCCACAUUACCUUUUCAUAACAAUUUCCUCUUUUAAGAACGAGAUGGUGCCAGAUUUUUUUGCGCUUUUAUCCUCCAGGUCUGAGCCAAUAUUACGCUCUCUCGCCUCUCCCACUCUUCAGAGGAAGCUUGGUGUAGCUCUGUGUUUGUUGGAGUCCUCUAAUAGAAAAAAAAACUAAUGCUAAAAAAAUCAAGUGUAAUUCUUAGAUUUGGCUGGUGUAAACUCAUCCUCUCCUCUAUUUUUCUGUCUCUUAUCCUCUCUCUGUCUACUUCUCUCUCUCUCUUUCUUUCUCUUCAUCAACCUGGCACCGACCUCGUUAAGCGUUUUAGAACUGUUUUCUUUGAUCGCUCUCAGUUUUUGCACUAAUGCAUAUUUGCUCCUCUUUGACACGGUCAUUACUGACUUCUGAAACCUGGGAAUGGGUGCUGAGGGCUCCAAUUAAACGCAGAGCUGAUAAAAAAAAAGAGAGAGAGAGAGAAGUAGUUCAUCUUUUUUAUUUUGAAUGGUGACAAACUAUCAGUCAUCAGUGCACAUGACUGGCUCAUCAAAGAGACUGUUAGAUGAUAAAUACCACAUUUGGACUGCUGGAUUUUUAACAUGUAUAUUUUGUGGCGUAAGCGUGCGGAUCCUUGGAUGUGAAGAGCAGAAACUGUACAUAUUAGAUCUCUUAGCCAUAUCACGUCAUCAAAUCUGUAGACCUCCUUGCCAUGUCUGACAGAGGAAAAUGACUGUUGAACUGUAAAUAGUGUAGGUAUAAUAGCAUAGGAUUUAACUGCUGCUUCUUUCCUCCAGGGAUCGCCCAUGUUUUGCUCAGUCCCAUGGCUGCUUGGUCUCAAAAGGGAAGGAAAAGACAAUAAUGUACUUGUCUAUAAAAACACAUAUGAGUUCUUUUUUUAUUUCAAUGUUUGUUUUAUAUACUGUCUGUCUUGUAAAUGAACUCCUUUUUCGUCAUAAAAGCAUGAUGUGACUCUGUC